GUAAGUAGAGUAUGAGAAGUAAGAAUAAUGUACUACACAUACUUGAAUAUUCGUUUCUGAUUGGUGCUAAAGCUCCACCGUACUUGAGAGUUAAAAACUAUAAAUAGGGCACUUUUGGAUUAAGAAAUGGCAAAAUUCUUUUACUCAGACAUCAGAACAUCCCUAAAGACCAAUUAAUCCAGCUAGCCCAUUAUGAAGUUCAACAUUAUUUUUGCUUUGUUAUUUUUGAAUUUAAUUCACGCACAUGGCCAUCCAGUCCAGCUUAUACUUCAAGAUGGUUCAGAUAAUGAGAAGAGGCAGAUGGGCAACCAUGAUCCCGAAACUAAUCAUCCUUUGCUUAUAGCCCCCAACAAUGGCCCAAAUGAAAACGUUCAAUCGCUUAUGUCGUCAUGCUCGAUUGAUUCAUGCCCCUCAAGUACUGUGUCUACUAGCUAUACUUCUGGCCCUGCUUCGAGCUCUGCUUCUAGCUCUGCUUCCAACAACCUGAUGAUUAAUGCUGCAGGUGAAGUCAGAUUUAUAUCUUCCUAUUUCAUUCUUGCCACAUUAUCAGUUAUUAUUGUCUUGGUUUAACGACAACACUUUCAUCACAGAUAUACCCUUGAAAACUUAAAGAUCUUAAAGCAAUUAUAUACUUGUGUUUAGAGUAUGUACCUAAUUAAAAAAACUUUUUAAGCA